AUGACCAAGACUGUUGAUGAAGCUAAGGUUCUUAUUGAGAAUCUUGCAGCUAGUGAUUGUAACAACUGUCCUGAUUAUGACCGCUCAAGCCGCACCACUACUAGCUCCCCUGAUUCUUUUCAAAUGACUGAACUCAAGAACAUGAUGGCUCAAGUUCUUAAGGGACAGCUCAAGCAUAUCAAUGCAAUAGAAGGGAUGAGUGAUGCUAAUGAAGAUUCAUCAAGAGAAUGCAUGGGAGAUUUCUCUAAUGAAGCCAAUGAAGAAGAUGUGAACUACAUUGGAAACUAUGGGAACAAGGGAUACAAUCCAAGCUAUCGCCCAAACCCCAACAUGUCUUAUAGAAACCCCAAUGUGGAGAAUCCUCAAGACCAAGUGUAUCCUCCAAGGUAUCCACAACAACAAAGACCUCCUUACCAAUCUCAAGGAAGUCAAUUUCAGCCAAGGCAAGGAUAUGAGCAGAGAUCAUCAUAUCCGCCCAAGGAGCCAUAUGCUUCUUCACCAAAUCAAGCUCCUCCAAACCAACAAGGUGGGAGAUUUGAAGGAAUCCUCCAACAGAUCAUGGAUGGCCAGAAGAGAAACACUAAAGAGAUGUAUGAGAAGAUGGACACUUUGUUCAGCAAUCUCAACACCAAGUAUGAUGCUGUUGCCACUCAUGUGAAGAAACUAGAGACUCAAGUCACUCAAACUAUGGAAGCUGUUAAGAGACAGGAAGCUGAAUCCAAGAAGUCCUUUUGCAACUCAGCCGCCAUAGAAGAAAGAUUUGAAGACCAAGUUCCAGAAUGGAUGCUUUCAAAACCUACUGUUGAUUGCAUGAUUUGGCCUGAAGAGAAUUACCCAGAGAGAGAGUCCAAUCGAGCUAGAAAGAGAAGACUCUUCCCAAAGAUUAUCCCCAAGACAGAUAACUCAGGAAAGUUUGUGUGCCUUGUAUCAUCAAAGAUUGGAAAUUGCUCUAUCCCUACUGAUUUCCAGAUUGUGGAAAUGAGAGAGAGUAGCCAUAGACCUCUCAUAUUUGGAACCCCUUUCCUGUCUACUGUGGGUGCCAUAUUUGAUUUCCCCAAUCAAAGAAUCUCUUUCAACAAGGUGAACAAGGGUAUGUUCUUCCCUAUGUGUUCAACAAAGAACUCUUUUGUUGACAUGGUCCAAGAGGAGAAAGCUACUUUGAAGCCACCCCAAGAAGGAGAAACUGAAGAAACAAUCAAGGAAGAUCCCAUUCCUAAGCCCAAGCAGCUUGCCAAACAAGCAAGGAGUAAGACUAAGGCCCCUACACCAAAACCGCCCAAGGGAUCAACCAAGAUUGAAGAUGAGGCCAAGCCAAGAAGGAAGGUUAGAAAGCCUAGGUCUGGCCGCAACAUGAAGCUUCUAUUCCCAAAGGAGCUUAUUGAUGAGAAUCUAGAAGGAUUCAAGGAGAAAGUGACAAGAACUCUAAAGCUUUUUCCUAAGGCAGUAGUGCCAAGGGACAUUCAUGGAGAGAUUGUCUAUCCAGCUGUGAAUCACCCACCAGAUACUCAUUGCAAGGAGAAAAGACUUGGAGGAUCAAGAUGCCUCUUGUCUCCAUCUUCUCCUGAGCGCCAAGCCUUACAGUCAAGCUAA